AUGAUAAGCCGAUCAGAUGUCUUUUCUUUCGGACUGAACUUCAAACAAAGUGGACCCACUGUAAUUACAAUAUUUGUAUCAUAACUUGUGCUCAAAAAGACGCCGUCAACGGCUUCCUUUGGAUUGUGACAGGAAGGAUCGCGUGAGCAUCUGACCCAUCCAUCCGUCGGCUGCACCUUGGACCUCGCGGAUCAUCACCAAUGCAGUGAUGUCAUUAAACAUUCAUUACGUGAUCUGCGCGGCUCACCUUUGUGCUCUUUCCAUUGUCUGUUUCCGGGAAACUGUCCUGUUUUCCUUAUCGUUCCACUUUUCCCCAUUCGUAAGAUAAUUAGUGGAAGAAAACAAGAAGUUUCCAUGUCCGGCAGUUCUGGGAAAAAUUGAUGAAUAUUGCUCAAUUUCGCCAAGUCAACUGACCUCUUCUCCUUGAAUUGCACACUGAUGAAAGAUGAUUUCGGCCAAUUUGCCGCUCAAUUUGCUGUGUUUGUUCAUUGCGAUACGAAGCCCUGUCCAUCUGUGUUAAUGGCGGCUCGUUACUCUUCCGAGGACUUUCCGAAAGACUUCCGAUGGCUUCAGCUCAUCCCAUUACUGAUAAGGUAGAAUUUCCGCGCAACCAAAACUUCAAAAACUUUUUUCCUGAUUUUCCUUUUUUCUCUGCAAUACCUCCUGUCAUUCACGAAGAGAAAAUCCGAGUAGUUUCAAAGAUAAGUGUAGAAAAUUAAGGAAUGAACUCUUAAAAAAAGAAUCUUGAGAAGCUUUAAGAGGUUAACGUAUUUUUUUUAGUUACUUUUCAUUGGAUUUUUCAAAGUUGUGUAGAAAAAGAAUCUGGAACCCUUGAAGAGUGACCUACAAAUACUACGUUUGACGACUUGAAACUUUUUUUUGGCCUUUCCUUGAAUGUUGACCCCGAUGAGUUAUUUGAUGACAGAAGAAAAUAUGAUCUGCAACAGACCACCCCCAAAAGGCGUUCAGGACACGGCGACAGACGUCGUCUCGGCUCUCGAGAGCAGCUCACCUCCUUGCCAUUUCAUUUCGCGAGCCUCUCAACACCCGUCGAUUUGCAUAUAG